CUCAGAGGGAAGUCACUGCACUUUGUAUGUCUCUGUUCUCAUCUGACCUCUCAGAAUGAUCCUCAUCAAAAAUGGAUAUGAAAGACUCAGAAUAUUAGAUAUGAGAACCAAAUGCCUUCAAAGAUCAAUGUUACCGUUGUGAAACUGAAGUUUUAGUACCUUCUGUCUCAUGUAGCUGAGGCCAGAGUAAAAAUACCUCAUCUAAGCUGCUUAUGGGGCCCACUAGAAAAUAGCCUCUCCUGUCUCCCUGCACCCUUCAACCUGUUAGGCACACACCUAACCGUUCCCCCUUAAACCCACUUCCCUGACAAGGUACUAUCAUCAUAUCUGGCACCAAAAAAAUCAACCUACCGCUUCAGAAUGGCAGUCUUAAAGGUGACCUUCACUAAAACCAACCGGGACAAACUGGCCCAGGUGCUGUGCUUACUGAACUGGGUGUCUGUGAUUACGGGCAUCAUCCUCUUUAGUCUGGGCCUCUACUUGAAGGUGGAGAUCCGAAAAAGGCGCGAACUCAUGUCCGACGAGAUCCACUCGGUUCCCAACAUGCUCAUCACAGUGGGUAUGGUGGCCUGCGGGAUCAACUUCUUGGGAGGUAAAAUCUGCUACGAGUGUGUGGACACUGUGAAGUUCCUGCGCUGGAAGCUGCUACUGCUGCCCUACAUCAUAUGUACGUUUUUCUUCACCUUCUGCAUUCUGCUGGGGGCUCUGAUGUGCUACACUAUGCGUAACAAUCUGGAGGAGUCGCUUUUCCUGGGGCUGAGAGAUGCCAUGCGCUACUAUAAGGACACAGACACACCAGGCCGCUGCUACAUCAAAAGCACAGUGGACAUGCUGCAAAUCCAGUUCCAGUGCUGCGGCAACGACGGCUUCAGAGACUGGUUCUACAUCCAGUGGAUCAGUCACCGCUUCCUGGACAUGUCCAGCACUGACAUACUGGAUCGUCUGAGGAGUAAUGUGGAAGGAAAGUACCUUAUGGACACAGUGCCCUUCAGCUGCUGCAACCUGUACUCUCCAAGGCCAUGCAUCCAGUACCAAAUCACCAACAAUUCUGCUCAUUACAAUUACGACUAUCAGAAAGAAGAGCUGAACUUGAACCAGAAAGGCUGCAGACAGGCACUGCUGGAGUACUACACCCAGAUUAUGCAGUCUAUUGGCCUGAUUGUGCUCAUCAUCUGGCUCUUUGAGCUUUCUGUGCUGACGGGCGUGAGGUACCUGCAGACUUCAAUGGAGAAUGUGCUCAGGUUAGGAGACCCUGAGUCUGAAUCUGACGGCUGGAUUCUGGAGAACAGCAUUGCUGAGACUGCCCGCUACAACUUCAAUAUCAUCAAAAACCUGGGCAAGUGCUACCAGGUGGAUGAUGACCCCAACAUUGACAGACCAAGUACAAGCCAGCAAGUACAUGAGAAUGUACCCACUCGACAAAUCCCUGUGGCCAGCUAGCAUCUGAGAGAACUGGACAUAAACUUUGGGAAACAUUAAACAUGUAAACAUUAACACUUAAAUGGCAGCCUCAGAAAGGUGGAUAAAGCUCCAUAUCUCCACAUCCUCAUCUUAAGAUACUUCAUCAAAUCAGCUGAGCACAAAGAAGUGAAGAUUGUGAGAGUUUGCACUUAUUGAUCUUUGAGAGAAAUUCAGUAAAUGAGAGAAAAAAGUGAUCUCAUGUUAAAAGCCACCUUUGUGCCAUACUAACUCACUGGCAAGAUGGUUUAGACAAGCCAAAAAGAAAGAUGUAAAACUGAAAAGACUGAUGUGUAUCCAACACACAUCCGUGUGGACAAGUUCUGCUGCCUUUUCUUCACUGAAUAGAAAACAUGUAUAAGAAAACUGUCAUUAUUUUAACAAGGGUGGAAAUUUUGAGACAUGUUUGCUCAACAUCAAUCAGAUGAUCAUUAUGUCUGCUAAGAGUAGUUAUAAUAUUUGGUGCCUCUGCACAGAGGGAAGUGGUGCACUGAAUUUACUUUAACCAAAUGAUCCUGUACAACUU